AUGCAAUUGACUCUAAAACGCGAUCUCUUGAAAUUAGUUGACACACCUGCAAGACUAAUCAAUAAAGAACUCUGCCACACCGUAUCAGCGCUUGCAGCUUCUCUUUUAUCUAAACAAGAAUGGCCCGAAUUCUUAUCCUUUUUAUUUGAACUUGUAGAAUCCGAUAAAAAAGAGUGCGAUUUGUUGGCAGCGAUGAUAUCUACGUUGAAGAAUGCGUUGUGUAGUGGGAAUGAGACGAUGGCCGACGCUGUUAACACGUUGAAGUUAUUGAUAGAUUUGGCAGGAAUGAAGCUGACGUAUUGGAGGAAACAAAUUGGGGAGAUGGUGAAUACAAUAUGGCUGAUGGCCGAUGAUCAUAGUUUGAAGAAAGAGACGAGGCGUUUGGCCAUUGAAUUCGUUUUGACAUUGGUCCAGUUCGUUUUGACAUUGGCCGAGGCUGAGAAAACGAAUCCCAGGCAGCUGAAACUUGGGACGGAGUUUGAAAUUAAUAUGGAGGAGCCGUGGGACGAUAAUAAGGAGACGGAUAACUAUGGGUCUUGGCAGGGGUGUGUGGAUAGGCUGUCGAUUUUGUCGCAUAUGAUUGAGAAUGGUAUUUUGACUGUUGCUUUGGAAGUGUUACCGGGGUAUUUGGUUGCUCCUGAGUGGCAAAAGGAGCAUGCGGGCGGCAUUCAUUGUGCUCAGAAGGAGUAUAGAGAGAGGCCGCCGUGA